AGACCGACGGGUCGUGCGGUAUCUAUUGGAUUUCUUCAGCGUUUCUCAGAGAUUCAGAGAAGCAAAGGUUCGGCGAUGGCGGAGGAGGGAACGGUGAUCGGGUGCCACAGCGUCGAUCAGUGGAACAAGCAUCUCGAGCUCGCCAUUGAAACCAAAAAGCUGGCUGUUGUUGACUUUACCGCUUCAUGGUGCGGGCCCUGCCGUACGAUUGCUCCGAUUUUCACCGAACUGGCCAAGAAAUUUCCAGAAGUUCUCUUCCUUAAGGUUGAUGUUGAUGAACUGAAGUCUGUCGCGCAAGAUUGGGCAAUCGAGGCGAUGCCUACCUUCAUCUUCCUGAAAGAUGGGACGAUCAUCGACAAGAUCGUCGGUGCCAACAAAGACGAGCUGCCCAAGAAGAUUGAACUGCAUCAGAACAAGAACUAAUGCUUGCUGGUUUGUCUUCGGUAUAUUGCUAUUACCUAUAUGCUUAAUCACCUUUUGAAUUUUAUGCAAUAUUUCACAGUUGAUGCUUUACUGGAUGGCUAUAAAACUGUAAUGUUUAACAUAUGAUUAUGUGGUUUAUUAAAUGAACUCAUUUA